UGUGUGUGUGUGUCUCAAUCAUUUUUCCAGCAGGAUCAGUCUAUGCCAGACUCCCUCUGAACACACCCCAGCUCCGACCAACGACCAUGGCUGUACGGGACUCUGCUUCUCUGCUGGUAGGACUUGUGGUCCUCCUUCACACCUGGAGAGCAUGGGCUGCUGUGGAAGUGAACAUGAAGGACAAAGUGGAGGUGAACCUGGGAGAAAAAGCUCAGAUCCCCUGCUUGUACACAUCAGACGAUGGCAUUGGUGGCUUGACCAUAGAGUGGUUCUAUGAGAAGGGCUUGGGAGUCAAGAAGAGAUUCUUCCAACAGGCUGGCCUCAUGAAGACUGUAGACAACAGCACUCAUUUCACAGAGCGGAUCAGUGUGAACCACAGCAACAACACGAUGAUGUUGACUAUCAGAGAUGUAAAGCUGGAAGAUCAGUUGGACUACAUUUGUGCCGUUAAAGGUCUCACAGAUGGGUCCGGGGAGGGACGAACAAAGCUGAGGGUGUUUGUAAAACCGGAGCCUCCCACCAUCGAGGGUGUUCAAAAUGGUAUCUCAGUCAAUGAAGAAGUCACAUCAUUGGUCGGUUCAUGUGAGGUGAAAAAUGGAUACCCCAGACCAAACAUCACUUGGUAUAAAGACAACAUGCCUUUGCGCAUCAAUAAAAAUGAAGUGGAAGUGGAAUCCACUGUUACUACUCAAUCAAGUGGUCUGUUCUCGGUGAAGAGUGAGCUGAAAAAGAAAAUAGUAAAGGAGGAUAAAGAUGCUUUGUUCUACUGUGAGGUCACCUACUUUGUUGCUGGAAGCACCAUGAUGAGUGAAACCAGACAAAUUAACGUCAAUGUUCUCUAUCCCAGCACUGCAGUAAAAAUUUGGGUUGAAUCCCCAAAGGGCAAAAUCAAGGAGGGGGACUCUAUUGAGCUUCAUUGCAAGGGCGAUGGAAAUAAUCCAUCCUCACUUUUUUUAAUCAAAUACCUAAAAGGCAACGCUAAUUGGGAAAACGACACAGUGUUGCUGGAGAAUGUUACCCGUCAAAACAGUGGAGUUUAUGAAUGUAUCUCCACUAACACAGAAAACUUUGAAGACAUCUCAAACAACACGGAAGUGUUUGUAAACUAUCUUGACCCUGCUGUUGUGAUGCCUAACAACGUCAUGGUCAUGGCCAAAGGAAACGAGUUGAAGGCCACCUGCAACGCCCUCUCUUCUCUGCAGACCAAGACAGCAUGGUUUAAGAAUGGACAAGAAGUCUCAGAGGGUCACACUUUGAUCUUGAAGAAUGUUACGUUUGACACAGCAGGCGUGUACAAAUGUGUAGUGACUGUUCCUGAGAUCGAGGGAAUGACAACCAGCAGCUCACUGCGUGUACAUGUUGAGGGUCAACCAGAGAUCAUGGAGACGCCUUUAACUGUGAUAGAGACGUUUGAUAAGACUGUUGAAUUAGUCUGUGAUGUCAGAGGCUACCCUGCUCCCACAAUCACCUGGAUCGUGUCUGAUGGGAUGGUCCCCGACUCAGAUAAUCAUAUGACGACAACUGAUUAUGGUACCAAGAGUGUGGUCAUGGUUGACGUCACUUCUAAUGCCACUGCUGUCUGCAAUGCCUCCAACGAGCAUGGCACCGACAUGAGGACGUUUAACAUCAAGGCCAAAACCAUCAUACAAACCACCACACCUGCCAUCACUACUAUUUCCAGUGUCACAGUCACAAACACCACCACAGCUGACAUCACUACUAAUUACAGUACCACAGUCACAAACACCACCACAGCUGACAUCACUACUAAUUACAGUACCACAGUCAUAAACACCACCACAGCUGUCAUCACUACUAAUUACAGUACCACAGCAGCAACUGCUAGCCCACCAAAGACAAUCAAAAAAGAGAGCAAUGGCUUUAUCAUUGCAGUCCUCAUUGUUUGCGUUCUACUUCUGGCCAUCCUGGGAAGUGUGCUCUAUUUUCUCUACAAAAAGGGCAAGAUCUGCGGCCGAGCUGGGAAACAAGACCUCACCAGAGAGAAGUCCAGCAAAGACAACAUUGUGGUUGAGAUGAAGAGCGACAACACAGAAGAAGCCAUUCUACUUGGGGUCAAUGGUGAAAAACAGCCACCGAAUGACCAGUAAAAGCUAGUGAUUACCUGCACGUUCUGAAGUGAGGAGGUGACUGCAGACACACCAGCUGCAGCUCCUGUUCUUUCCUCUCAGGCUUAAACCCGGAUGCCUUCAAGCUUUCACCGCAGCUACUCUCUCCAUAUAUGUCAUGAAAACAUCUGUCAGUUUAUUUCAUGAUGGACUACUGACACUCCAAGCUGCAUCUUUUGCUCACAGCCCUUUACACCCUCAAAAGCUUUAAUAAGAAGUAUUUUGGGAGCUCUGCUUCAUAACUGCUGAUGCAUUUUCCUCCUUAAAGCCAAGGACAAACCUUUGACUGAACUGUAAGCCUUCUGUACUGCUGAUUGCCAGAACAAUGAUUAGAGCACAAAGCUGACCAGGGACUGUUUUUAUACACGAUUUAGCAUCACCUCAGGCAAAGCAAUCACUGAAAAGCAGCCUGAUGCAGCUCCAUAAGUGUACAUAUUAUAAUCUAUGUAUAUAUUUCGUUAUUUAAAAUAACACAGUAGAAGAGAAAAAUGAAUAAAUAAAUGACUAGAUAGUGUUUGUUAUGCUUUGGUGCUCUUCUAGAGAGAAAAAGGGGAGUUUAGGCUGAUGUGUUGGUUUUAUUUUUAUUUUUUUUCCUGCGCUUCUUCUGUUUUCGGUCUCCACACUGAAAGUUGGGGGCUCGAGCAGCCUCACCUCUACAGCCACCUCACUGGUUCACCACAUCUUUGCCUUUUUUACAAAUAAAAGGCUGCAGGUAAUUUAAUCACAUAUCAUUCAUAUUUCUUUUUCUCACCAUCUCCAUCCAACAUCAUCCUUUACACACGUGUGUGUAGAGUACUGAUGUUGUUUGAGACUGGUGACAGAUCUGUACCGUCUAGUAUAUAUACUCCGAGUUUUACUUCCAGUGUCGACAGAAGUCACAAAGUUUAUGACAUUUCAGAUGUGACGUUUAAAGCUGUGGAAAAACUUUUUUUUGUACUUUUCUGCUUAUAAGUGCACUGAUUUCUUUGUGGUUAUUCAUGCAGUGUUUCUCUAAUAUGAGAACUAUUUUCUUUUAUGUGAUUGUAUGUUAAUGAACUGUAUGGCUUUUCUUACACCUUUUUAAAAGGAAUCAUGAAGGUAGAGCAGAAUCACGGCAUGAAGUUGCCCUGGUUACAAGGCAAAUACGUAUGUUUCUGUUUCACGAUUGAAUGAAUGAAUAUAUGUGUUGACUGAAACUUGAAAUAAUCUGUUACGUCCCAGAGAGACACAGAAUCCCCCUCAGACUAAAGUGAAAUCCAUUUGUUAUAAAACAUGUGUUUAUGCCGGUAACCAUAGUCCACGACUACUGCGGAGGGGGGAAUGACUGUGACUCCACGUGCAAAGUACAAAGACAAUCACACCAUUGUACCUUCCUACCUUCUGUUUUUAAUGACUACCACUGUUAAAUGUUUUGGGAUGUUUUAAAUGCCUUUUAAAGCUUUGAAACUUUAAAAUAUAUUGUAAUUAAUAUCAUUGAUGACAUUUAAACCAAUUUACCAACAAAAUUGUUUUUAGUUUUUGAAAAUUAUACCAAAUAAAGUUAAAUGAUUGAAA